UUUGUAUCCCGGAAGUUGUGUAACUGCCCGGCAUCUGGACAGUGUACGUGUUUUACAUAAAACACUUAAACGUUUAUUUUCAUUUCGGCGAGCAUAAUGGUAAAUCUUGGUCUGACGAGAGUGGACGAUGCGUUGGUGGCAAAACAUCCGGGCUUGGAAAGUUAUGCUGCCUGCCAGUCCCAUGCCUUCAUGAAAGGGACUGGAACGUUUGUGCUUGGAGCUGUUGGCUUUUUUGUCAUCCAGAAAGUUCUACAGAAGAGACUUUCCUAUCCUCUGCAAUGGAAUCUACUCAUUUCCAUCGUGGCGUCAUCAGUAGGCAGUUACGGCGUGACACGGUGGGAAACGCAAAAGUGCUCCGACCUCUGGUUGCUACUGGAAACUGGCAAAGUCCCAGACAGAUCACCGCCACAGGUGCCUAAAGUAGAGGGAGCAACGAAGACUGGGAAGACGAAAUAUGGUGAUGUGAUGGACUGAAAGCAUCAGGACACUUGUUAGACGUAACAGACAUACCGCGAAUGCGGGGCGUUCGUUUACCUAAGCCACCAAGACGGGGCGUUAGGUAUCAACGUAAUUUUUAAACUUUUACCACGAUUUGGUGGUGCAUGGGAAAGUGGAAAACAAAACAUAGCUCUCUUUGACCACAUGGUCAGUUAUCAACAACUAUAAUGCACAACACGGCAGCAACAGAACCAAUUUUGUAAUAGUGGUAAGGCACAAACUGCUCAGCCAGCAUUAAUCGCGCCGAUGAGUUCAUUGUAAACAACAGCACGGCAAGUGUAACACACAUGAGUUUCACACCAACAUUUUAAAGCGCAUGCAGAGGUAGAUGCUGACCAAUAGCCACAGCUGUUAAUACCAAUGUUUUUUUUUUUUCAGCCAGAGCCCAGUGGUUGUUUAACUUUUUUCAUGCACCUGGCAACUGUAGGAGCUUGGAAUAGAGGAGUUACUGUAACUGGAGCAUUUACACUAACUCGUUGCAGGAUAAUGGUCUACAUCAGAAUUGUUAGAAUUUAAAAAAAAAUGCUACCCAUUGGAAACAAUGGAUAUUUAAAUAUUUAUUUCGAAAGUCAAAUUAUUGUCUUAUUCACUGUAGAGGCAAUUAUUUAAGUAAUAUUUUGAAAAUGUUGGGCCGCACGGUGGCCUCAUGGUUGGCAUGUUGGCCACACAGUCAGUAGAUCUGGGUUAGAAUCUGUUGGGCAUUUCUGUAUGGAGUUUGUAUGUUCUCCCUGUGCGUGCGUGGGUUGUCUCCGGGUACUCCGGUUUCCUCCCACAUUCCAAAAACAUGCAUGUUAGGUUAAUGGGCGACUCUGAAUUGUCCAUAGGCAUGAAUGUGAGUGUGAAUGGUUGUUUGUCUUUGGCCAUGGAAAAAAUGAUUAGACCACCCUUGUUGCUUGAGUUACUUGUUCAUUUUAAUGCCUGAUACAACUAAAGGUACCUUUGUUUGGACAAAUAUAACAACGACAACAAAAAUAGCUCCUAAGAGUUAAAUUUUUUUGGCAGUACAAUGCUAUAGCUAUUCAUAUAAGAAUUUAAGUGGUUUUGGUUAUUAUCAAGAAAACCAUUGAAGUUGUAUUAAAAGUUGGUUUAAGGCGGGGGUGGGCAAACCUUUUUGACUCACGGGCGACAUUGGGUUAAAAAAAAAUUGGCGGAGGAGCCAUCCAUAUAGAGGUGGCAUCGAGCAGAAUGACAUACUUUCUCACGGUGCAACGAAACGAAAAAAACACAUCCACAGCAAGCUAACGUAUCACAUAAAUCAACAACUAAGUGCUAAACAACACACGUAACUUAAAACUGUUAUUUCCAAAUGCCCGCCAGACAUGCUGGGUAGUCCAGCUGCAACAACAAUAUGAACUAUGAACAAUAAAACAUUGGAUAUCAAGAGUAUCUAACCUCCUCCUUGCUUACUUCUCUGACGACCUAAUCAACAUAUUUUGCAAUAAAGCAAAGAUGCAACAAACACGGCAAAAUGUUGGGAGAAAAUAGUACCACAAACUACCCAGCAUGCCUUGCGGUGGGAAUAUAUGGGUGGUUUUUGGCAUGGGUAUUGCGCAUAGAUAUUUGUUUGUAUGCCCACAUGGUGCAGUAGGUAGGUUGGUUUGUGCGUUGUGUUUGUUGACGUGUUGUGCUGUUUGGAUGCUUUUUUUGCUACAAGCGACAGAUUGCAUCGGACUAUUUCGGCAACUCAAGUGUUCCACAAUAGCACUGCAAGUCGUGUUGCCAGCUACAGUUUCCAUGGUAAAGGUUUAAAGACGUUUGGCAGGCCUGAUGUGGCCCGCGUGCCACAGUUUGCCCAUCCCUAGCUUAAGGUGUCACACUUUUCAAUAUUCUUACUCUCAUACAAGUAUAAGAAGAAGUAAACCCUAUAUUCAAGCUUUAAAACGGUAACUUUUGUACUUUUUGUGUGACUUCAAAGGCAUAUUUUUCCGGAAAAUUCUGCUAUCUUUCCAAAUGCAUUCCUAAAGUAAAUAUCACAUUUAGUUUCAAGUUGUGUGCCUGUAUCUUAUGUUAUUUAACGCUGUGUUACAUAAAUCAACUGUGCCUUCACGUGUCCAACAUGAGGAUAAACAUGAAUUGGAAGGUUAGGAUUUAGUGUGGCUCUUUUUGUAGGAAGCACAUGUUAGGCCUAUAAUCUGGUAUUAGUUUAUUUUUAUUUUUUGGAUGUGUUUGUUGGCUGUGCGACAGUUUAAACAUGCAUCAACGAUCAUCCAUGACCUCAGGGUGGGGCUUAGCAAUCAAAUAUAGGGUAUGUGAAAAUGUAAUUAAAUUCAUGCCAACACAAUUGAUGGGUUUGUGAAUAAUAGUGUCAAAGCAGUGAAUUAGCUUUUUAAAGGCUGACUUUUUGACACUACGCUUGUGUUGGAUCACAUUUAUUGGUCAUAAUCAUUUGCGCUGUUGAAAUGCACUCGUUUGUGCAAAUCAAACUAAUUCUGGUUAUGCGCUGCCUAUUCAAACAGUAGUGUCUUUAAUGCCACCAGUAAAGUGAACAAAGUUCAUGUAUUGAACUCGCAAAAUAACGUGCUUAAUCGCCCAUUUCGGGGACACAAUCUGCGCAAUGCAGUUAAAACAGGAGGAUUUUCUGGCUUUCAUUUUGAAUGCUUUUUUUUGUUGUUCUCUCACUGUUACUCGAAGGCGUUAAGAUUUUGUUUGCACGUGAACGAGCCUUCAAAUCCCUUGCCACAUGCACAUGGAUGCCGCUUAAGAGAGAGACGCGGAGAAACAGAACAAACAGGAGAAUUAAAGAUGGCGUUGAACAACACAAACAGCUGCAGCAUAGCUGGCAAGCUCUGGCAGCACUUUUAAACAGUGUGUAUGCGUGUGUUUAGUGUGGCAGCAGUGCAUGGACAUGACAGCGGAAGAUGAAGAGAGCGGGGUUGAGUGCUCAUUUGUCCGACUCGGAGUCAUCCCACUGAGGUCUGACCUCCUCUUUCUGUCACUCGCUUUCUUUGCUUAUAUAACAGAAGCUCAAGCGUUGAUCCCCCCCCAAAAAGGCCCAAUGCAAACACUAUUAAAGCUACCACAGGGUCAUAUCAACACUCUGAAAUGCAAAUAUGGGCUAGUGGAUCAUUUGCUUUACUUGAUCUAUCCUGGCCUGCAGCCGUAAUCAAUACGCACAGAUGUAUUUGUUGACUACUAUAACCAGCGUGUGAUUGAUUUUGCAGGGGGAGUGUCAAUUCAAUUU